UGUCCUGGGAUGGCGGUGUUAUUUGCGAGAGGGACUGGCGAGCCAGGAAACGUGGGCCUCUACACCGGCCCGUCCUUCUUCACCGCGCUCCGGAACUACGUGAACGGGAGUACAUCGGUCGCGUUCCAAGGCAUCCCUUACCCGGCCUCCAUCCCCGGCUUCCUGGCAGGCGGUUCACCAUUCGGCUCGGCAGUGAUGGCCACGCUCGCCAACAAAACGGCGGCAGCCUGUCCCAACACCAAACUCGUCAUGUCCGGCUACAGCCAGGGCGCCCAGGUCGUCCACAACGCCAUGACGCUCCUCAGCAACGGCACGCUCGCCGGCUACACUAACACCACGACUACGACGACCACCACGACGGCAACAGCAGUCGACUCUCGCGUCGCCUCGGUCGUGCUCUUCGGCGAUCCGCUGAACGGGACCGCGGUCUCGGGCGUGCAGAGCGGGCGGGUGCUGUCGCUUUGUAAUGCCCAGGAUGACAUCUGUGCUCAGCAUGGGGAUGUGGUCACCUUGGACCAUCUUACGUACAGCCAGAAUGCAGCGCAGGCGGCUAUGUUUGUGAUGCAGAAGAGCGCGCUGGGG